UAUUCAGUCAGCAAUUUGACGCCAAUGCAAACAGAACUGAGAGCGAAGCGCUUAGAGUCGGAAAAAAAUCAAGAAAAAAACAAAACAUUGGAGAAAGCUACAAACAGAGACACGCACAUACGGUGGCUCCACUUGAAACAAAAUCCAUAUUUAAUUCGUGAGUUAAACAAACAACGCAAAACGGCUAAACAACGUCAGAUAACGAACAACAUCUACCGAGUCUGGGCGACACACUCUCUUCUGCUGCUUCUGCUUUUACAGCCACCUCUGCAUUUCGCCCAAGUCCAGCAUCAAUCCAGAUACAGUAUGACCAGCCCCGAUAGUAACAAUGUAGCCGAGUUCUCGCGCCGCUUGGCCACAUUCUCGAUCAAUGUGUACAACAAACUGAUCACGCAGAAACCCAAUCAGAACAUCAUCUUCUCACCCUUCUCAAUCCAAACCUGUGCAGCCAUGGCCCGCCUGGGAGCCGUAGGUGAAACAGCUGCCCAAUUGGAUCGCGGCCUUGGACUGAUUUCGAACAAUGAAGCACAGAUUGCCGAGAGUUUCCACAAAGUGCUCGCAGAUUACGAGAACAGUAGCAUUCUGCAUAUUGCCAACAAGAUCUAUAUCAUGACUGGUUUCGAACUCAAAGAUGAGUUCAGUUCACUGAUCUCCAAACAGUUUCUAUCCGCUGUCGAACCCGUAGACUUUGCCAAAAAUGUAGAGGCUGCAGGACAAAUUAAUUCAUGGGUUGAACAGCGUACCAACAACUUGAUAAAAGAUCUCGUUCCGCCCAGUGCUUUGGAUAAGGAUUCGCGAUUGGUGUUGAUAAAUGCGAUACACUUCAAAGGAAAUUGGGUUCAUCAAUUCCCAGAACGUGAUACCCGCAAUGAACCUUUCCAUUUGAACGACGCUGAUAGCAUUGAAGUUCCCAUGAUGAACUUGAAGAAACGUUUCCGAUAUGCGAACCUAGGUGAUCUGGAUGCCACAGCACUGGAAUUGCCCUACAAAGACUCGGACUUGUCCAUGCUGAUCGUGUUGCCGAAUAGCAAAACUGGUCUAUCACAACUGGAGGAGAAACUUCGCAGCACUCCCCUUUCCGAGAUUACAGGAGCACUCUACUCGACCGAAGUGAUUGUCAAACUACCGAAGUUCAAGUCUGAGCUCGAGGUGGAGUUAUCAGAGACAUUUAAACAGUUGGGUAUGACUCACUUGUUCUCAAAUGAAGCGGACUUUAGCAAAAUGCUCCAGAGUCCAGAGGAAUUGAAGGUGUCGAAAAUUAUUCACAAGGCCUUUAUCGAUGUGAAUGAGAAGGGCACUGAGGCAGCUGCUGCCACCGGUGUGCUAACUGAUGUAAAGACAGACUUCGGUAUAGACAACGAUAGAGCGGGAUUAUUGCAGACAGCCUUUGUCGUCUCGUAUAUGGUGUUUGCCCCCCUCUUUGGCUAUCUGGGAGAUCGCUAUCCACGUCGCCUGCUUAUGGCCGUGGGUGUCACAUUAUGGUCAACGACAACAAUUUUGGGCUCGUUUAUGCAUCAGUUUGGAUGGUUCCUCACCUUCCGUGCCAUGGUCGGCAUCGGCGAGGCCUCCUACAGCACAAUAGCGCCAACGAUCAUCUCGGAUCUGUUUGUGGGCAGUGUGCGAUCCCAAAUGCUGGCCCUUUUCUACUUUGCCAUACCCGUAGGCUCUGGACUCGGUUACAUUGUUGGCUCAAAGACAGCGCAUUUGGCCAACAACUGGCGCUGGGCACUGCGUGUGACUCCCAUUCUGGGCUUGAUCGCCGUCGUGCUGAUCUUCCUCAUCAAGGAUCCCAAGCGUGGCGCCAGCGAAGCAUCGCACAAUCUGCAGCCCACAUCCUUCAUGACGGACGUCAAGGAGCUGGUGAAGAAUCGUUCGUUCAUGCUCUCCACGGCCGGGUUCACGUGCGUGGCCUUUGUGGCCGGUGCACUCGCCUGGUGGGGACCAACCUACAUCCACAUGGGUCUCAGGAUGCAGCCCGGCAACGAGGACCUGCAGCUGGAUGAAGUCUCAUUCGUGUUUGGCCUUAUUACAAUGAUCGCUGGGUUGCUGGGCGUGCCGCUGGGUUCAGUUCUAUCGCAAAAGCUAAGGAAACGCUUCCCCACCGCCGAUCCAGUCAUCUGUGCCGUUGGCCUGCUGCUUAGCGCUCCGCUUUUGACCGGCGCCUGUUUGAUUGUUUCCAGCCAAACGGCUGUCACAUAUGUAUUAAUCUUUUUCGGUCAAUUAGCUUUAAACAUGAACUGGGCAAUUGUUGCGGACAUUUUGCUGUAUGUGGUGGUGCCCACACGCCGUUCAACUGCCGAAGCCUUCCAAAUUUUAAUCUCACAUGCUCUGGGCGAUGCCGGCAGUCCGUAUUUGGUGGGCGCAAUUUCCGUUGCAAUUAAAAACCAUCUGAGCUCGGAGCCAAAGAUGAUCAGCAAUCAGAGUUUCCAGAGCAUGUCGCAAGUGUUGGAAAACGCAACGGAAACCGUUACCAAUACUCUCAAAGACAUGUCCUUGAGCCCAAGAGUAGGCAGUUCGGAGGAUGUUAUCAAAUUCGAGGCGCUACAGUAUUCACUUUUCUCCACGACCUUUGUGGAAGUGUUGGGCGGAAUUUUCUUCCUGUUCACCGCAUGCUAUGUGAUCAAGGACAGACGCAGAGCCGCUCAAGAGUCUAUGGCUAAAGAAUUGAGACUGGCGCCAGGCGAGAACAAGAAAGAUAUCUUCGAUUCGGAGUGUCUGGUCAUGUGCACCGAUAUUGCACUGCGAGAGCGUGCGUGACAACAUUAUCCACGCCUCUAUGACUCCUAGUAUUUGUAGCUACCUACUUAUUUUGGCCAAAUGUUCUCGAAUCCAACAAUCCGCCACAGAUCGCUAACAGGCCAGAGCUAAUGGGCUAAUAUCGAGCGAUCCAUGAAGUCCUACAGCGCACUCAAUGCGUAGGUCUUUUGGGUGAAAUGUUACUGACUGAAAAUCAUCUAUAAAAUAAUUUAUGAAUACACCUCAUGCACAUACAUACAUACAUACAUCUACGUACGUAAAUCAAUAAUCACACUGCAUACGUAUAAUUUAACACACACACAAACACACACACAUUUUGUCGUAUUAUUUGUAAGACAAAAGCAAUGUGUAUUCAUUAGGGCGCAUGUUCCUAUCAAAUCAGUUGAUAACGACAGACAGCUACACACUUAUCAAAAGCGCGUGAAUCACAAGUCAUAAUCAUCAUAUUCUGUACUCCUCCUAUUGCAUAGAAAAGUAAUUACUUUUAGGUCAUAUUUAAUUUUACACCACAAAAACAUUUGCUCCUUUGUCUUUAAGUUUUACCUGAUUUAACAAAUAUAUAUGAACAAACCCCAUUUAUUGUAAAUAGUUCGGCAUAAAUUGGAAUUUCAGUUUGAAUUAAAUGAACUCUCUCGUUUAUCUCAGGCAUGAAUGGGGUAUUAUAUAAAAAUUGUGUAUAUAAAAUUAAUAUAUUUAACGCCCGGCCAUAAGUGUUAAGCGCGAAGUCUCUAUAUACAUACGUAGAUAUAUGCAUAUUAUAAAUAUUUUAAUUAUAUAUUAUUACAUUUAUUUGUAUCUGUAACCGUAGUUAGUGCGUUUAACAAAUUGGUCUUUAAACCAAAAGCGAAAAGGAAAUAAAAGCAAUCUGAAAUAAUAUAAUAU